AUGCCCGCGACUGGCACCUCAGUCAAUCACAUUCGUAUCCGACUUCUCCGCGAGUUUGGGGGUGUCCAAGCUUUGUAUGACAGUGCACAACUCCCCCUCCCCCUCAUUUGUGGUGCAUUUCUACCAACAGAAACCACGUCAAAAAUGCAGUCUCUGCAUUACAAGUCCACGCACGGAGCAUAGUGCAGCUUGGGCUUCCAGAACUUGUCAUGCAAAAACAGCGAAAAGGCUCACAGACACAGAAUUUACAUUUAGCAUUUUUGCAUUACAAUAGAUGAGGGGAUGAAGGAGAAGGGGGAGUAGUGCUGCACUCUCAUACUUUAGUCAAAACCAACAAAGAGGCCAAGGAAAAAGUCUUGCGAAAACUCCUGCCACUGGAUCAUGUAGCAGUUCGUGGGAGCAACGUCUCUGCUGCUGGAGUGCCGGAACAUGGCGAAAAAGGUCGUACCGACAUGGUAUCAUCUGGAGCAUGUUCAGCUUCAAUUGUACUUCAGCAGGAUAAAGCCGCGGUGGCUCACUUGCUCGACCUAGCUGGACACCCCGAGAAAGCGCUGGCAGUCGCCGAGGAGGCGCUUUUGCAGGCGACAAGUGUUGCUGCCGACGGCGAAAAAGAACUUGUACGCUAUGGAAAAUUUGUUUAUGUGGCAUCAGGAAGCUUACCUAAACCUAAUAAGGUUACGGUGUUUAUUCGUGUGUUGAACAUAGCUUGCAAAAAGUUUGCAUGCGUGCGAAUGUGCUACCACGCACCACGACUUCGGCUUUUCUAUAUGUAUGUGCUGGAUCAAACUUUUCUUUCUCAGUAGACGCUUUGGAAAAACGAAAGAGGAGUGCCAAAAAUGGUGCUGAGAACAAUAAUUUUUCACAUCGAUACAAGUCUCCCGAAGCCGCAGGACUAAAGUUCGCAAAAGAGAUCGCCAGGCGGCAUCUUGAAUUCGAGGAAAAGCGGCAGGAACGAAUUUCUCUGCGAUUUUCAUCGAGAGGGAAGAAGCCGGAAGUGGAAGAGGAAUCCGCCAACACAUGCUGUCGUACUAUCCAGAGACUCUCCAUCCCAGUGCCGCGGGUCAGUUGCGUACACGAAGCUUUCACGACGAGAAGGACCCCGUUUGUGUACACAGGAAGUGGAUCAUCGGGAGCAGGGGCGAGGGCGGCAGGAAAUGAUGAAAAGUACUAUAACAGUACUUUUGAAAAGAAGCUUAUCCCUCCCUUCCUCCGGUCGUUUGAAGAUCUCAGCGCUUUUCUCGGUGACUUGAAGCUGCCGACGCGAAGAAGGUGCGACACAAGAAUUAUCACCUCUUCAACUAGAAGUAGAAACCCCUCGGGGUCGGAGAGGGAGACUGAUACGGGUGUUGAACAAGAGAAAGAAACCGAGUGCCUCUGGGCCCAUUUGAAGGACAAUGUCGGGGAGAAGAAAACCUUUGCGGAGAUGAUGGCCAGCGCUUGUUCUUGGCCUACAUCAAGUACAACAUCCGGACCAGAGACGAAGAACUCUGUCGUCCUCGGGAGAAAUAAUAGUGUAAAUGACACCUCCUCGUCCCGUGGUGGCCACCAAGAUCCACUUUCCUCCAAGAACCACGACCUGGUCUUCGAUUUUUCACUGUGGCGCACGAAGCUCGGGCGGCGAUUCGCCGAGGCGUUCCAACCCUACCCGCCCUUCCCCCACCGCGACUUUUUGUCCGUCGCGCAAAGCAACGCACUCCCGGUGUCCGGGUCCGCGUUUCCGACCCUGUUCGCGAACUUCGGGCACGAGGUAUCCUGAGUAAAAGGUCCCCACACCAGAGUCAGGAUGGGGAUUUUGCAACACAAACCUAGGAGUUUUGUGAGUCACGCAUGACAAGCUGCACUCCGCAGUGUAGGGCAGGUUAGCAAGUGCAGCCGCAUCGCAGAUUCAUCUGCUCAUCCUGUUCACAGCAUCACAAAUUCCAAAAGACGAUUGGAAAUGGCUCUCAUGGGGAUGCGCAUUACAAGUCUUCCUGUCUUUGCAAAUCUGCAUUACAACUCUGGUGUGGGUACGUUUUUACUCAGGAUACGAGGAGAAGGGCGCGGGGCCGCACGUUGACUUUUCCAACACGCACUUCUGGCAGUUCGUCGGGUGCGGGAGAAAAAAGUACCGGCUGUGCAGUCCGGAGAGUUUGUAUGACAGUGCACGACUGCAACUGCUCCCCUCCCCCUCAUUUGUCUUGCAUGAACUAACAGCAAUAGAAACACGACCCGCACAAGCACAUCGUUGAAGCUUGUGCAUGACAAGUUCAUGCGCGUAAGAUGCAUAGCACUGUUUGGGCUUCCGGAAUCUGUCAUGCAAGCAGUACCACAUGGCAGCGCUAGGGUUUGGUAUUUUGCACGACAAAUGUUGGGGAGGAGUAGUUGUGCACUCUCAUAGUUUGCCAUUGUUGAAGCCUUUCUAUCUUGACGACUUGAGCUCCCCCUGGAUCCCCGCGGACGCGUUGCAAUGUGACUCUGCGGAUUUUAUUUCCGGGAAGGACGUGCAGUUCUUGGACAGCGAAAAGAGUACGACGACGCAGGGCGACGGCGGCACUGCAAAUGCAGUGGAGAACGACCCAGCAACACAUGAAGACAAAGAGAAUGACUACAACAAAAUCGAGAUUUGGGAAACUUUCGUAAACCCUGGAGAAGCGAUUUUUGUGCCAAGCGGCUGGGUACACGAGGUGUGGAACGAAGAGCCCACCAUCGCAGUCUCAGGCAACUUCGUGGAUGAGUCAAAUGUAGUCGAAGUCUACGAGCAACUGAAAUUAGAGGGGGAGUGCGGGUUUCCUGGGCCGGCGGUGUUGGCCGAGGAAUUGAGGCCGUUUCUGGCGGAUGCUCGGCGGGAAGGUGGUGGAGAAGUUUCUCUAGCAAACAUCAAAUGUGAAGAGGAACAAAUCGGAACGGAUCCAAUAAAGGACAGGGAGGCAGCUUGUGUGCGUUCUUCAGAAGCGUUUUCAUCUGAGCAGGACAACUGCAAAAUAAAACAAAAAGAAAAGGCCGGCAGGAACUACGCCGGCGACCUGCAGGAGCUUACACGCGCCUGUGACGAGGGUGUUGAGACUAGAAAACCUCUGCUAGAUGAAGCCAGAACAGAAGAACAACAACAUGAACACCGUCGGGUCGUGUUCAAGAGUCUCCUAGAUUGCAAGGCGCACGGAGGGGAGCGGCUGCCGCCUUAUGAGAAGCGUCUGCUGCUGAUGAACGGAGUGAUGUUGCUUUGUAGUGUCGCCUUUGCCCUAUGCGGAAUUUUUGUUACGACGGUUUUUAGCUCCUGUGGUGUUGAUCUUCAACAAGAGCACAGAAGAUAGAGGUGAGCUGCUUACGGAGAUAUUUAAGAGAUAGACGACUACGUACUUACUUUGUUUCUUCACACCAGUUCCGUGCUUGGAGCUUUGACAUAUCGAGGAAGAGAAAUAAGAUCACCUGAUUUGUGUUUGUCCAAAGUAGAGAAACCCACUGCGUUUUACGAUGUUGCCGGGCCAGGACCGGGAGGCGUUCCAGAAGGAGGCAAAAAAACGGCUGUACCGCGACUGGGCGCUCAACAUCGCCAUCAUCAUCGUCAUGUGGUUUGUGAUCGCAAGCUCUGCAUUGCAAAUAUGUUUGGGUCUGGAAACUUUUGAUGCUGGCUUGAGAAUUACGAGGGCGCCGCAGCUGGUGGUCUCAACAAUGACAAGUUUUUGAGUUGCUAGGUGUUGUUGAUUCUGCACGACAAAUUGCCUUGCUGCGUUUUGUAUCUGACAGGAAAACCGAGCUUCUGGGCAAGUCACUUCUGCUUUACGGACCACUUGUGAUUCAUGGUAGCGGAGCACGAGAAACGCAAACCUUGCACCCUUCCAGACCAAGACAUAUUUGCCUUUGAUACAAGCUUCUUUUUCCCCGGCUGGAGCACAGUGUGGUUCUGAGUCUAGCGUAUGCGAGAGCAGCACGACAAUGGCCCAGCACUUGCAGUUCCGAGUACUUCCGUUACGUACUUAAGUACCACCUAGAAUGGUCUCUCUCUUUUCUGCCCUCGGGUCGCCCGUGUGGAAUGAUAGAGUUCUGAAUUUUCGGAGAAAAAGGACGAGCUAGAAGUCAUAUACAACUCAUUGUGCUGUUGUGCGGCAGCUGCCUUCUGAGGAGGCGCGCCAAGGAGCAUGAUGCGUUCGCUCGCCAAGAAAUGCCAAUGCGGCCGCUUUUUUCCUGUCCAGCGGCGCACAACGACGACAAUAGUAAUGCGAAGGCAUUCGUUUUCGUGUUCUACUUCUAGCUCUACUCCAUCCCACCCUGGAACCAGUAUGAUCUUCGUCUGCUCUGCCGCAGCAUAAAAAAAUCAAACUCUUACAGCCAGUGCUUUGCUGUAAACUACUGUUGAACGUGACUCUGUAACGUUCUCAAUCUGGCUUGGUCAGAUCGUUAAGUGUGACUCCACGCUGGUGCAAGAGGAACAGAGAGAGAGGAACUAAGUCUUUGUGCUGCUAAUCUGGGGUUUGAUGCGGCAAAUUUAGAUUUACAAGUUUUGAAAAAGCGGCACAAAAAUGAAGGGUGACGCUGAAGAGUGGGUAACAAUAACAACGGUGUCCUCACAAGGUAAGGAGAGUGAUUCUGGCUGGUAGGAGAGCAUUCUUGCACAGCUUCGAG